GUGUUCAAGUGAAGAGACUCCGCGCUGCAGUGACCACGGCGCAAACACAGACGCGGAGAUUCAAACACAGAAAUCAGGAGAUUGCGCAGAUUUUACGCACAGCAGCAGCAGCAGCGGCAGCGGCAGCGGCGGCGCCGCCGGUGGUUUUUAUUGUGUGUACUUUGUCUGGGGGAACUUUGUCUUUUUUUUAUCCGUGGACCUGUUGUCUGCAUGAUGUGGGGGAUCCCGAGAACGCGCUACGCGGACUGCAACAGCUCUGAAGCCAGUGAGGAGGCAGAGAUUGUUGUGAACAUCGGAGGAGUCAAACAGGUGCUGCAUGGAGACGUGUUGACUCGUUACCCGGACACUUUGCUGGCUGAGCUGGUGGACUGUUCACCAAAGUCCUCGGAAGAAAUCCUGUCACUGUGUGACGACUACGACCCUGACACUGGGGAGUUUUAUUUUGACAGAGACCCUGAAGCAUUUAAGUGCGUUAUUGAGCUGUAUUAUUAUGGAGAGAUACACAUGAAAAGAGGCAUCUGCCCUAUUUGUUUCCUGAAGGAGAUGGAGUUCUGGAAAAUCGGCGCAGACUAUCUGGACGAGUGUUGUAAAUGCCACCUGAGUGAGGUGCAGGAUGAACUUGCAGAGAUUGCAGAGAAAGUGAAAACUAUCCUGGUGGAUAGAGAAGGAGAUCCGGCUGCACGAGGCUGGCAGCGCUUCCAGAACUGCCUGUGGAGGCUGAUGGAGAAACCGGAGUCCUCGCUCCCUGCGCACAUAAUCGCGAUCAUUUCUUUCAUUUUCAUCCUCGUGUCCUCCGUGGUCAUGUGCGUCGGGACCAUCCCCGAGCUGCAGGUGGAGGAUUCAGAGGGGAACCUGACGGAGCACCCGACUCUGGAGGUCAUCGAGACCGUGUGCAUCUGCUGGUUCACCGUUGAGUACAUCCUGCGUCUCAUCUCCUCCCCCAACAAAGUCAAAUUCGUCCUGGCUUUCAUGAACAUCGUCGACUUCAUGGCGAUCAUGCCCUUCUUCGUGGUGCUCACUCUCACCUCCUUUGGCGCUGGGAUGAUGGAGCUGGCUAACGUGCAGCAGGCGGUGCAGGCUUUACGCAUAAUGCGCAUAGCGCGCAUUUUCAAGCUGGCGCGCCAUUCCGCCGGACUUCAGACUCUCACAUCUGCCCUGAAGAGCAGCUUCAAAGAGCUCGGGCUGCUGCUCAUGUACAUGGGCGUGGGGGUUUUCCUUUUCUCCGCGCUGGGCUACACUAUGGAGCAGAACCACCCGGACACGUUAUUCACCAGCAUCCCACAGUCAUUCUGGUGGGCUGUCAUCACCAUGACCACAGUGGGCUAUGGAGACGUUUACCCAAAGACCACUUUGGGUCGGUGUAACGCAGCCAUCAGCUUUCUGUGCGGCGUGAUCGCCAUCGCGCUGCCCAUCCACCCCAUCAUCAACAAUUUUGUCAUGUUCUACAACAAGCAACAGGUGCUGGAGACUGCGGCCAAGCACGAGAUCGAACUGAUGGCGCUGCGCUCCAGCGCCGGCGAGCUGACUGCUGCGCCCAGCGCCCACGGACACGUCUGUGGCGCAGGGGUGUGGGGGGACCACGCCGUGCACUCGUGUCAUAGUGACACAUACAUCCCUUUACUGAAGGAUCCCAGAGGAGGAGGAGGAGGAGGAGGGGCUGGAAUGCCGACCCCCAGCAAGGACACGAGCUUCGAAAGCACAGCAGAGGCCAACGAAUAUUUUGUCUCAUGAAUAGAAGUAGAACAACAACACCACCAAAAACUCGAUGUAUUCAAACUUAAUCCACCAACUCUGGGUUAACUGUGUCUUGACAUUGUAAUAUAGCAUCGAGGAAGCUGCAGGAAUGGUCUCAAAGGACCUUUUUUUGGAAAAGGGACACACACACACACACACACACGUGAGGACUUGAUGAGCUGAGUUCCCUGUAGGCGAAGGAGUUCUGUUUGAACAGCCACAUACACAGUUUCCUUAUAAGUCGACUCCUUAUGUAACAACUCCACCUUCCCCAGUCCUCACACACUCACACUGUAGACAGCACAGUAGCUUAUUCUUAUGUACAUAAAUACAUCACAUCAAAUGUUUUAUAUAGAUAUAUAUAAGAAAAUAUAAGCCCCUGCCUCUUGGGGGGAAGUGUACAUGAACAAUGUGCAGGAACUACAACAAAAGUGAGUGAUAGUGUUUAAAAUUGAUGCCAUACAUUUCUCCAAAUCUAUACUUGAGAAGAUCCUGGGCAUGAUAGAGAAUAUAAAAGCAACAUAUGAUCCAGGGGUGUUGGUUUCUGUGUCUGCUUGAGUGUAUAUUUUUGUAAAUGUCGCUGUAUGAUUAUGAGGCACUUCAUCACGAAUCAUAUAUUAAAAAAAAACCCCACAACU